CAAGUAGACGGGUUGCAGGUUCAGUUUCGGGGUCUCGUAGGAGGCAGUGCACGGGAUGGAGACCUUCCAGUUUCGCUGCGGCUGCUCUUAGCCUCUGGAAAGGACUCCACCGAGCUCUCUUCACUGCAGGCGAAGAGCGAUGGGCUGCAAGGGGAGCAAAAUGGGCUGCUGUGAAGCCCGAAGAAAGAAACAAUUCAGAGCUCAGCGUGAAAAGGGAAAGGCAUCCUGUGAACUGUCAACCUUGAAUGUCCCUAAUGCAAAUGCAGCCCACGUGCAUGAAGAAGCAGAGAAAGAGAAGGCAGCACUGCUGGAGAAGCAGAAAAACGAAAUCACAAGUCUCCAGCAACAACACCAUGAGGAGAAAGAAUCUCUGAAUGAUGCUCACCAAGCUGAGACUGAGAGACUCAGCCUAGCUAUUAAAAUCCAGGUGGAGAAGGAAAAGGAUUUAGAAUGUAGACAGCAAAUCUCUGAGCAGUGUGAAUUGCUGAAGAGAGAGCAGGAAGAGAGACUACAAGAGCUCCAGAAAACACAUGACCAGGAGAAGCUGCUCCUGAAAGAAUCCUAUGAAAAGUCCCAGUCAUCUUUACAGGAGAUGAUUGACAGAUUGAGUUCCCAGAUGGCAUCCUUCCAAGAGAAAAUGAAACGGGUAGAGGAGUCAAUCCUGAGUAGAGACUUUAAGAAGCACAUCCAGGCUUAUGGGAGCCCCAGCCAGUUCUGGGAACAGGAACUAGAGAGUCUUCAUUUUGUCAUUGAGAUGAAAAAUGAACGCAUCCACAACUUGGACAAAAAGCUACUAAACCUAGAAACAGUGAUGGAGAGAAACUUGUUGCUUGAGGAGAAAGUUAAAACUCUUCAGCAAGAGAAUGAAGAUCUCCAGGAACGGAUGCAGAACCACCUGGCAGUGGCAAGGCAACUUUCUGAUGAGCUCAUCACUAUUCGUGAGGCCAUGGAGAAGGAGUCACAGCUGAAAGAGCAAGCCUACCGGGAAAAGGAAGAGUUGCUGUACAGAGUGCUUAGUGGUGAUACUUCCCAUACGUUCUCUAUUUCCACCGAGGCACCGCUCAUCGCUACAUAGCACUUUGCAAAUCAGAAGGGACUGCUGGGAGUUGGGGAUGGUGGAAAAGGAUAAAAACAAGACUAUUCCACCCUUUCAUUCUAGUUCUGAACUAGACCCAGAGCUGUGAAACUCUGGCAUAAGAAGGGAUCCCAAGUUACUGUGUGCUCUGUUAACUUCAUUAUUCUGACACUUGAAGAGGAUAAACUGAGUUGCUUAAAGAGGGGAGGUUUUGUUUCAGCCUUAAUAUUGGUCAACAGACAAUGCUAGACCCUCAUAUGAGCAACAUAUGCAAAUGAGCAGUGACCUGGGAUCUCCCCUCUCCCUCUCAUGGAGAACUACAUACCUCAUGCCACAUGAGGUAGGCUGGCGUUACAGUUCUUGUUGGUUUAAUAUUUCAGUAGCAAUGGCUGUAGGUAGGAAAAUGCCAAAGAAAAGAAGAGCAUGUGUCUGGGAGAGGAUGUGCAAUUAAAGUUGCUUCCCCUGGUAAGUUCUCCUAUCUGCUAUUGUCAGAGGUGUAGUUAAACUUCCGUAAGUGUUUUAUCUUAGCAAAAGCUAGACUUACCCUCAUUUUUGUUAUCAAAUUGCUGAAAAGAAAGAUAACGUGAACAAAAAUGUGGAUGUAAACCUCUGUUAUUGAGGUGCUUGUUUGAUGCUCUCCCCGCCAUCAUCUGUCAGCAGUUUCCUGGAAGAAGAUUUAAAUGGCUCCACUGUGUUGGUGAGGUUACUUGCAUAAGUCUUUUCCACACCCCACUAAUGCUGAGAUUGUGUGUGUGGGCUGAUUCUGUAGGAAAGAUCUAUGCAAUUGGAUUUGACUUGCAUGUCAGGUCAUUUAUGGUUGUAGCCACAUGAGAACUUCUCACAGAUGAACACUUACCUCACAUCUAUGAGAACAUCAGAAGGGCACCUGAAAUCCACUUCUUUCCAAAACUAAAACUGAUCCAAUAGAAACUAUUAUGCCUGCCUUGGCAGGUCAAGGUCUCUUUGUCAGGUGAGAUUUUCUAUUAUUUGAGAUUAAAUGAAACAUCUGGAAAUCAAGGGGUGCUUUGAAACCACUUUAAGAAACUGACAAUAUAGGGUUCCCCUCCUGAUUGUGAGGCAAGAGUAAUUUCAAAGAAAUGAGCUCUUGUGGCUCUAAACCACUGAAACUCUGAAAGAGGUGCAUAGCAAUUAUAGCUAAUGGUGUAGGAAAGAUUCAUUUGAAUUAGAACAAAGUGAUUGUAAAAUGUAUUCUUGUUAUAAUCCACACACAUUUUAUACAGCUUGCAGUGGUAGAAAUGAUAUGUAGUACAAUGUGUACAGAGAAUGUAGUGAAUACUGCAAAAACACAGGCUUGUGAAAGUCAGGGCAUAGUGGAUGCUCAAGGAAAACCAACAAAUAUUUAGUUUCUAUCUAAGAAAAUGUAAAACAGGUCUGCAGCUUGUGAGCCACCAAGCCAACCCCCAUGUAUUUAUAAUAGCGCUUAAAACCAAAACAUUUAUCCUGCCUUCCGUGCGACACUAUAUAUUGCUGGCAGGAUGCUUUUGGUUGGUGGCCCACGUGCUGUGCUGGGGGGGGGGUACAGAUUUUAUUUCUGCUGCAUAUGUGGUACCAGAACUCUUGCCAAAGUUUUCAGCUAUAUUUCAGGGAACAAAAAUUAUGUAUCAUUGUCACCUGAGACAGCUUUAAUUGUUAACUGGAACCAAUCUAUGCCUGAAUGCAGACAAAAUUUAUCUCAAAAAAAGGUGAAUCCACUGUGUAAAUAAGUAUCUGGGUUGUCCUUCCCUGAAGGAUAAUCCAGAUACUAUGUAGAUGGAAAUGAUCAACUUCCCACUUUUUAAAAGCCCACUUUAAAAAAAAAUAACUUCAAACAGGGAUUGUUUUAGAUUUUAUUAUUUUCAGUAACUUCUGUUUUGAAUUGAACAAAAUUGUCAGGGGAGUGAAGAAAAAAUAGCCAAGUGUAUGUUUGUUUUGAUGCUAUGGUCGAUGCCAGCACUUGGUUUACCUGGCCUAGUAUGGCCUCAUGGGACCUCAGCAUUCAGCAAGCCAGCUGAAGCCCUGCUACAGCGUUAAGGAAAAAAUUCUUAAAGAUGCUUUGCAUUCAGAUUAUGUUUUCCAAUAGCCAUCACUAGUAAUCAAGACACCAAAAAUUGUGAUCCAUAAAGAACUAAUGAGCUUUAUUUACAGUAAAACCCAGAUGCAGUGCCAUGUUCCGACACAUGCAUAAAGAUCAGCCAUAAGCAGAAAAUCUUAUAUACUUUCCAAAGUUAAUUGUUUACAGAAAAGAGAUAAAAUUGUUAUACAAAACUAGAUACAAACAAUUCUUCAGAAUCAAAUUCUUCAGGAGACAUGGCACCAUAACACGCCUGAUUGACAGGACAGUAAACUCUCUCUGUAAUAUAAACGUGCUACAUGUCUGGUGCCUUCCCGAGAGGGUGCUUAUCCAAGGUAAAUCCUUGAGUACAAAGACAAAACAAGAGGUCUUCCUGACUUGCAGUGUUCAGUUUUAAACUCUGUGAGAAGGAAUCUGCUUACAAGCAAAAGCUUUUGCUUUCUGUGCGAAACAUCAACUCCGAUAAAUGCUCAUACAUAGGUCUUUUAGAAUAGGGGUCAUAGAAAUUCCCUAACACACAACACACAGAACUCUCCUUGCCCCCAAAGGAAUAAACAUUCUUUGACAGUUACAUAACAUACAAAAGAGGUUCCCAUGCCAUCAGUCCACUAAACAGACAUUUAACCAAACUGGAUUCCCAGCCCUUACUGAGUAUUUGUGCUACUGAUGGGAGACGCAGUUCCAAAAUGUAAGUAUUUCUUGCCUUUGGGCAAGAGUUCCUGUGGGCUGGUGGGAGGCAAAGACUUUUUCAAAUUCCUUUGUCCAGAUUCUCCAAAAUCUAGCAUUGGGUCUGAAUGGAGUCUAACCUGCUGCCCUGGGGCUCAGAGGGGAAAGGGGUGUAUGUGUGCGGGCAUGCAGUUAGUCAAGCUGAGGCCAUCAAAUCAUUGGGAAGAUGGGUGAGGUGGUCUGAGAAACAUCAAACCCAAUCACCUCUACUGCCUAAACCUGGAAAUGAAGCGGCAUGGUUAACCACAGAUUGUGAUAUUACCAACAGUGCUGCUAUUUUAGUCUAGCCACUGAGAUAUUUGGAGGAGAUGUGAGCAGAUGUUUUUUGUAGCAAGAAGAUCUCAGUGGAGAAUUCCUCAAGGACUCUCAAGAGAAAAGUUCCUAUGCUGAUAUUAUAUCAAACACUGCCAAAUGAGAUGCUAAUGCAAGUGCAUACAAAUCUUUAUCUAGGUCAUCUCCCCUUUGCAAUCCAUUUUGCUGGUUCUUUUGGCUUGCCAGCUGUCUGCCUUCAUGCAGUGUGUUUGUCAUCUCUUUCCAUAGUACUUUUCCUCUCAGACAUCACCCCAGAAUCAGUGCCGAAAUCAGGCCAAGAAUAAAUCCCACAUCUGCUUUUCUGGCUGGGUGUAAGAAUUGUGCAUUAGAUUUACAUUCUUUCAUACACAUGCACCGUGGCACCACUUUAGGUAGUUACUCCAGCAUUCAAGGCUUGCCAGAUUUUUUUUUAUUAAAGACGGUGGAUAAAGCUAAAUCAUUGUUUUGAAAUGACACGGUAAUGAACUAUGUGAAGUCUACAUUACUGAAUGAAUCAAUGGGCAUGUGUGCAAGGUCAUUAUAAUAGACACAAGUUCAAAUUUGAGAGGGUCUGUUAAUUGGCAAUGUUUUUGUCAACUCCAUUAGCAAUCAGCUUCCUCAUUUUUAUGUUAGCAAACAUGAAAAGUGUUUGUGUGUUUUCAAAUUAUGGUGAUUUUCUUCUGGUAGCUGCAGGAAUGAGGACUUUGGAGCUGGAGGAAGUGUUCCAACAUUGCACAAAAGUGUAAUUUUUCUUGCAGUAUACAAACAAAUGAGAUUCCUUUUCCAU